CACCAUUUUGUGACUGUAGUGGAAAAGAAGACCGAUACUUUUUUAUAUCCUUGUUUGAGUUUCUGUGGGGGAAAGACAUGUUUUGCGGAGGAAAAGUAAAGUGCGAGUCCGGACCGCACAGUUGUCAAAGCCGAAAGCCAAGGGAUGUUACCGAGAGUUGUGCGAGCCUCCUCAUCGGCAAAAUAAGACCAUAAAUCUUUCUCUGGCGAGGAGAAAAAAAACCUCUGUUUUGACUUCAAUACGGAGACCAGAGGAACAGAAAAAGGGACGAGGAAAAAGUAGAAGAGGACGAAAAAAUUAAAAGGAGUGCCUUAGAAGUGAAAAAAAAAAAGAGUUGCACAAUCUACAGCACUUUGUGAACAGUGAAGAAGAGAUGAGAUCAUUAAAGAAACACAGAGGGCGUUCUCCCCCAUUAACUAGAGGCAGAGGAGGGAGGAGGAGAGGGGCCUCACAGCCCCUCCAAGAGAAAGACCCCAAAAGAGUCAAGAGGGAGACGCUUGUCAAAACCACACAGCACACACCCAACACCCCCUCCAAACGCAAAUACACCCCGCCCUCUGCCGCCGCCAACUCUAACGAAGAACCAAUCGCAAACAGCAAUACCCUCGCGAAGGGGGAGCCUACUGAGCUGAGCAAACCUGUGGAGUCAGUUGAGAAUGAUGGAAAAAGAGCAGACGAAAAGGCAGAAAAUGAAAAGAUAGUGGGCACGAAUGGAAAUAGUACCAAGCCCACCGAUUCUGUAGCAUCUUCUACCUCUGCCCCGGCGCCAAUCUCCACAGCGACGCCCCCGCCAGCCACCAACCACAGCCCCAGUUUAGGUUCAGUCUCUAGUAGGAAAACAGCCACAUUUAAGGCUCGUGUACCCAAGAAAAAAUACACAUAUGAACACUUUACUAACAAUGCAUGUGCCAUGAAUACCAUUCCUACCUCCAGCCCUGCACUCAUACAUAACAGUUACUGCAAUAUCAACAGCAAGAUCAGUAACAGUGUGAAUAGUCUGAAUAGUAAUUUGACGAGUAGUAACAAUAUCAGUAAUAGCAUUAAUAUUAGCAUCAAUAAUGACAAUAACAGUAAUGUCACAAGUGGAAUUAGGAAGAUGGCUAACAGUAGUAACAAUUGUGCUGGGAAUCAUAGUAAUUUUAUCAAUAGCAGUAAUAGCAGAAGUAAUAAUUGCUCAGGUAAUCAGCCAUCAAUGCUAACUGUGGAUAGCAAAGCUACAGAAGCAAAUCAUUUAAUCCCCAUGGAGGAUAAAACCUUCAGGACAACAAAUUCCUUGGAAAAAGAGUCCCAAGCAAGAGAAAAUGAAUCCGAGGGGGCCCUUAACUCAGUACGCUCCUCUUCCACCGAUACAGCUAGUGAGCACUCAACUGACCUGGAUGUACUGGAAGCAACAGGACCAAGACUUCAUCAGAAGAACUCCCACAUCCCUGCUCCUCACCAUAACUCGCACUUUAAAGAAGCCAGUCCUGCAGAGGGGUUAGCUGAAGCUCUGGCCAAAGGCAUGAAGAACCAGAGAGUUCUGGCUCGACAGAUAAAGCGGUCUGGGGCGAGUGGUGUAGAGGCGGCAGUUACUGGAGACUCUUGCUUCUCAUCAUCAGUCUUUAGACCAGGGGUAGUGCGCAGGGUGAGUGCAGGUACUGUUGAAGUCCAGCUUAAUGGAGAGGAGACCUUUAUUAAAUAUCCGUUUUAUGGUGGAACCAUGAUGGCAUCAUCCUCAGGGGCUGAGAGCACUGUGGAAUUCAUUUUGGAUGCUCCCCCACCUGGCAUGGCACCUGUUGCUGUUGGGACCCAAGUGUGUGUGCCGUUUGGUGGAGAGGAAGGAGGUCCUCUGCUGUACAGAGAAGGGACUGUUGGUCAGGUGGACCCUCACCCGGGUGUCUCAUUUCCUUACCAGGUGCUCCUGAAUGAAGACAGAGAAACUCUGAGUAGAAGAGGGGGGGGAGAGAAAAGGAAAGCAAAUGGUCAGGCUGUAUGGGUGUCCCGACAGAGCCUGAGACUGCUCAUCCCGCCCUGGGAGGUGUCACAUUUAGAUGGUGGGAGGGUAAAGGAGAGAGAGCGGGAGAGGGAAAGGGAAGAGAGGGAGCGGCGGGAGGAGAUGGAGGUAGAGAGGGAAGUCUGCCAGCUAAGUAUUGGAAUGGGGGUGCUGGGAGGUGGAGUAAGGUUGGGUCAUGGUUUUUCACAUGAAGGGGUUGCAGGAGGGCAUACCUAUGGAAAUGUACAUUCACCUACCCAUUCCUCCACUGUGACUUCAAGUGUAAUGGCCAGCACAGGUCACGGGUGCGGAGAUAAUUACUCUGACCGAGAAAGACAAAAACAGUCUAAAACGCCAGAAGAGGAUGUUGAGGUAUCUUGUUUUAACAUGGGCCACACCAGUGGUCCAAAACCAAAUUCUGGGACCUCUCAGCACAGAAACGUAAUCUCCAAGUCCAGUGGCUACCCUCCUUCCUCCCCCCACCUCUCUGUGGUGCGGGGUCUGGGACCCCCACACCUCUCCACCAUAGCUAGUCUUCAGCCAUCCCCAUCCCCUGCCUUACUGGGGUCUGAAAUGAAUAACCUACCUCCAUCCAAGACCACUCCGACCCAGAACCCUACUCCUACUUUUGGUGGGGGGUCCUCCUCUACCUCCUCUCGCUCCAGGACUCCCCUCUCCUUGGCUCAGCAAAAAUACAAAAAGGGUGAUGUGGUGUGCACCCCUAAUGGAAUCCGUAAGAAGUUCAAUGGCAAGCAGUGGAGGAGGCUGUGCUCCAGGGAGGGUUGUAUGAAGGAGUCUCAGCGUCGAGGAUACUGCUCGAGACAUUUGUCCAUGAGGACCAAAGAGAUGGAGGCAGCAGGUGGAGAGAAGGGAGGAGGAGGAGGCAGCAGCUCAGGGACAGUCACCCCCUCUGACCUCCGCGGGAGAGCAAGCAGUGAGUUUGAGUGGGAUGACACAUCAAGAGAGAGCAGUGAGACAAGUAGCAGAGGAGACUCCAGACCCCGCUUGGUCCUCCCGUCCCUCCUCCCUCAUGACCUAUCGUCACGGUUUGACUUCGAUGAGUGUGAGGCUGCCACCAUGCUUGUGUCAUUAGGGAGCUCCCGCUCUGGCACCCCCUCUUUUUCUCCCAUCUCGAACCAGUCGCCCUUUUCCCCUGCCCCCUCUCCCUCACCCUCUCCACUGUUCGGUUUCAGGCCGGCCAACUUCUCCCCCAUCACUGCCUCACCAGUCUUGCAACACCGGAGGCACAGGCAGCCCAGUGGCACGGGGGGAGGAGGGGGAGGGGGCAGUAAGGUAACAACCCCAGCUGGAGGAGGAGAAAGGGAGAGACAUGCAUCGGGCAUCCAGCCCUCCUUCCACAGUAACUUGACGUUUACAGUCCCGAUGAGCCCAAGCAAGCGAAAGCCAGAUGCACUUCCUCCACCACCUCUCCCCUCACACCACCACGAUUACACACCCAAAACAGAACUGGAACAGGGAGACCUGAACAACUCUUUCAGGGUGCUGUCCCCCCAAACACCAGCUUCACAUUCCUGCACACACACGCCCACCUUCUCUCGACCCAAAGGAGUAGCCACCCCCUCGUCCAGCAGGCCGCCAUCCUCCACUGCUGUCUCCCCUCCUCCUCUGCUGGUGUCCCCUACUCCUCCUUCUCCUCUUACUGCAGAUGGAGGGCCUCGUCGUGUGGUCCCUAUUUCCCAACAGGCCUUACGGGACUCCCCUGUCAUUGUGAGGAAUCCCGAAGUCCCCCUGGCAAAAUUUACAGAGUGUCCCUUGGGAAGAGGAGGAGGAGGUGGAAAUGAGGGAGAGAUAGAAAACACUUCAUCUAAAGACAUUGCCCUAACCCCCCUUAAUCCUCAGUCAGUUUCCGGCCUUCAGGUUCCCGUCCCGAUUAAUGCUGCUGCAGCCACAGUACCCAACGGCGCCGUCCUUUUUCGGAGCCCAGCCCAAACUCUGUUGCUUGUGUCCCCAACACCUUCCUCCCUGUCCACUACUGACAACCCCGCCAACCCCCUGCAGGCCCUGUCAGUUACUGUCAGCACAACAGUCACAGCUCCUGCUCCCAGUAGCACGAACAGUUCUGGUGAACGAGAGGAGAACAGGGGCCCAGGGUUUGGUGGUGAGGUCCAGCAGCCUGUUCCCUGUCACCCCUCUCCCACUGCUCUGCUGCCCCUGAUCCUGCCAGCAGAAAGUCUUCACCCUGUUCCACGAAAGGAUAUCAUCAUGGGACGUCCUGGCACAGUGUGGACCAAUGUAGAGCCCAGGUCCGUUCCAGUCUUCCCUUGGCAUUCAUUGGUUCCUUUUCUAGCACCUACCCAAUCAGAUGCUUCUUCUCAGCCGGGAGAGGGCCAACACCCAGUCAACCAUCCCCAAGCAGCCAGUCUAAAGACAGAGUGUCAGGGGGUGGCAGCACUGUCGCUGGAGCCUGCAGAAGCACCUCCCACAGCAGAGAGAGGCCCCCCAUCACGGCCUCCCCCCUGCUCUGAUGAGCCGCCUCCAGAGAAGGAGAAAGGAGAUGCAGAAAGGGAGAGGCCUGACAGUGAAACUGAGAGUGAUGUGGAUGACCCCUUCCUCCCAGGGGUUGUACCAGAGCAGCCCCUCUCUACAUCACCAGUAAAGAGACGCACUCAGUCCCUCAGUGCACUGCCCAAAGAUGGAGACAAGAGCAGCCCAGGAAAGAGGGAGAAGGACCACAUCCGGCGACCAAUGAAUGCAUUUAUGAUUUUUAGUAAGCGCCAUCGAGCACUGGUGCACCAGCGGCAUCCAAACCAGGACAACAGGACAGUCAGCAAGAUUCUUGGGGAGUGGUGGUAUGCUCUGGGACCCAAAGAGAAACAGAAGUACCAUGACUUGGCCUUCCAGGUAAAAGAAGCCCACUUUAAGGCCCACCCAGACUGGAAGUGGUGCAACAAAGACAGGAAGAAGUCCAGCUCUGAAGGUCGUGGGGUCCCAGGAGGCAAAGAUAUCAGAGAGAGGAGCAUGUCUGAAUCCACAGAGCCCCAUUCUGUGGAGCUGAAGGGUGUCGGUCCAGGUCUGGUGGGGGUGUCUGAGAGAAAUGCUGGAGAGGGUCAUGGAGGCCAGCUUACCCGUCCCAGAGCAUUCUCUCAAAGUGCCAUGCACAGCCUGGAGCGGAGUGACAGGGGUAAUACACAAGCCCUGGCAGAACUGGCACAGAUGUGUGGGGAUGGUGGCAGUCAGUUUUCGAGCCAUGCCCCUCCACUGUCACAGUCACAGCGCGGCGUCAGCGAGGACAUGACCAGUGAUGAGGAGCGCAUGGUCAUCUGUGAGGAGGAGGGAGAUGAUGAUGUCAUCGAGGACCCUUAUCCUAGCAGUUCAAUAGACCUCAAGUGUAAGGAGCGGGUGACUGACAGCGAUAGUGAGAACGGGUCAGGAGAUGAAAGUGACCGGAAGAGAGUUUUUGCUCCAGUCAUCUGCUCCUCUGCAUCGUCCUCUUCCUCACACCACACUUCUCAUGGGAGGAGUGUCUCGCUAUCCUCUUACCCCACCAGCAAGCGUUAUGAUGAGGGGAGGUCAGGAGGGGGAGGGUUUUUGGACCACAAGAGAAAGGAAAGAGGAGAGGGAGAGGGUAAGGACACAUUUGGGGGUGACGGAGGUGGAAGUGUACAAGCCCCUUCUCUUUCGCUCUCUUCUGGCCAGUCUGCCAUAUCCACUUCUUCUGCUGAAGGGCCUCCGACCUCAUCAGUAGGUUCACUGGGUGCGAACCCACUCCUGAGCAUUGGCGCUGUGAGAGUGGCUUCCACGGUGGUGACCAACGUUAUGCGUCCUGUUAUCAGCACACCACUCCCCAUCGCUAGCAAACCCAAAAUUGGAGGUACUUCAUCCAGCCCACAUCCACCUGAGAGGAAGUCCCUGACUCCCCAGCAGCAGCCACAACUUCUGAUUGGCUCAGGCUCCGCAAGUGGGACUGCAGCCACAGGGGGUGGGUACUACUCUUCAUCAUCACCUAAUCCUGUGAGUGCCGGUGUGGGCCCAGGUGGCGUAGUGACUAAUUUGGUGUUAGGAGGAACUUUGUCUGCCCAACCUGCUGUACAGCUCAUCACUCCCUCCCCUCAGCCUCAGCAUUCCCAGCAGCAAGCCCUCUCCUCUACAGCUGUUUCAGCCCCACAUAGCCAAACCAAUGGGCCCCUACCUCUGCCCCUGCUUCAGCCCCAGUUCCUUCCUGCUUCCUCCCUGGCACCACCUGGGGGUAAGGCCAUCACACAAGUUCAGUACAUUCUGCCCACCUUACCUGCCAACACCAACCCCAAGAGUCCACCUCAGCAGCUCAGCCAGCCAACCAGUAUCUUCAACCUGCCCACAGCUCCACCAACGCAUAUGUCCUUGGCCAACGGAAAACAGCAGGGUACAAGUUCACUGACAGGAUAUACGUCCAGCCCAGCAGUGGGAGUGGUCAGCCCGGGAACUAGAGUGCAAACACAGUCUCCGGUGCUACAGGGUAAAAUGCUUGUUCCCAUGGCAACAGUACGGACUGCGCCAGCCCCUGCCCAGCAGUUUCCUAUUGUGGCUCCACCUCUUCCUGUCCAGAACGGUGCUCAGUCUGGAAACAAGAUUAUCCAGAUAGCUCCCAUGCCUGUGGUCCAGUCCCAGCUGCCUCAGGGUGGAGCAGUGCAUCCUGCCAGCCCCUUCCCUGUAACAAUGGGUACAGCUGCUGUGGUCGCACCAGGAUCAGCCCCCUCCCAGGCUGUACUACUGCCACCAGCGCCUACCAGGAUUACCUAUGUCCAGUCCACUCCAGGGGUCCCAUCCACUCUGCCUCUGGUCUCCACAACAACAGGCUCUUCCUCCUCCCAGCAAGCCCUGCCGGUGCCUGGAUCUGCAUAUGUUCCAUCACCCCUAGCAACACUUGGGUUCACAGCUAUUGCACCACCUGGACAGACGCUUGUUCAACCACUUAUUACAGGUCAGCCACCGCUCCUAGCCACAGCUCAGUCUCCACAGCCCUCCACCUCAGCCCCUGCUUCAGGCUCUGGGGGCCAGAUAGUCACAGCCAUCUACCCUCCUUCCCCCGGCGUCACCAUGGCAACAGGGGUGGUCUCCAUGGCAGCAGUACCCCCCAGUGUGGUCUACUCCGUCUCAAGCUCUUCGAGCGCUUCCCCCCACAUCCUGCCCAAACACACAACAACCCCCACCACCAUCACGCACCUACAUGCACAGCCCCAUCCAGACAGACAGGCAGACAGGCACCUGCUCCUGGACAGACCCGCGGAUCGACACACCGACAGGCAGUCUGAGAGGCAGACAGAACCGAUGACACAUUCGGACAGACAGCUUGAGAGGCAGACGCAAACCUCCAGCAGUAGCAGCUCAACGGCACCUCCCAGUGGCUCAGCUACAUCCUUAAGGCCCUGCAGUCCUUCGCUUCAGAUCCAAACACCUGGCAGUACACUAGGUACAUCCAAGCUAACCCAGCUUCCAGUCAGGAUUCCUCAGAAAGUGAAGGCAACAGUAGCGACCAUUCCUGUGGGCAGCUACGAUGGAGGAAGCCGAGGGAAAGAAAGGGAGCGGGACAAAGACAGGGAGCGAGAGAGGGAGAGAGAGAGAGAGCGGGAAAAGGAGAGGGAGAGGGAAACUGCAGCCAACAGCCAUUUCUCCUUUGAUCCUGAUGCGACACGGCAGACAGGGUCUCCAUCAACACAUCCUACUGAGGAGCCUGCAUCCUCUGACAGACCCCUGGAGGGCUCCAGUGCUGCAGACUCCUCUGACACAAGGAACUGGGAAAGCACAAUUGCCAAAGAGGCUGGGUGGAAGGAGUCCCGCCCAUCAUCUCCUCUCCCCCCUCCAUCAGCCACAGAACCCACCCUGCCACCUCCACAGACUGACAAAGAUAUUCCUACACCAAAAAAGGUCAAAGCUCGCCCACCACCUCUCAAGAAGACGUUUGACUCCGUGGACAAGACUGGCAGGGUGCUGUCAGAGGUGUAUUUUGAGGAACGCUUUGCCGAGCUGCCAGAGUUUCGGCCAGAGGAGGUUUUGCCUUCACCCACCCUGCAGAGUCUGGCCACUUCACCCCGUGCCAUUCUGGGCAGCUAUCGCCGCAAGAGGAAGAACUCCACAGACUUGGACUCAGCCACUGACGAUCAAGUCUCUCCCAAGAGAAAGAGUCGGCGGCGCUCCAGCUGCAGCUCUGAGCCCAACACGCCUAAAAGUGCUGCCAAGUGUGAGGGAGACAUCUUCACCUUUGAAAGAGCAGCCCCAGAUGGGGAAGACAUCCUGGCAGAACUGGAGUUUGAUAAGGUGCCGUACUCCUCCCUGCGACGGACUCUGGACCAGAGGAGAGCGCUGGUCAUGCAGCUGUUCCAGGAGCAGGGUUUCUUUCCAUCAGCUCAGGCCACUGCAGCCUUCCAAACAAGAUACUCCGAUAUAUUUCCCACCAAGGUGUGUCUGCAGCUGAAGAUCAGGGAGGUGCGACAGAAGAUCAUGCAGACAGCGACUCCCUCAGAUGGUCCUGGUUUAAGCGCCGCAGACUUAGCUCUCUCCCUCCCUGGACCUUCUGGCUCCCAGACAGGGGAAGGAUCUGGGAGAGGAGGUGGAGACCUGCAGGACGACGAAGUGGAACAAGGGACAGAAGCAAGCCCAGAGGAUCCUCGUGAUUCGCAGGACUCUUCCAGAUGAGAGAUACCGACAAGUUAGAUUGACCAAUCAGUGUCUGCUGACCUUUCCACCUCAUACACGCUUUCACGCUUCUCCACUCUCUUUACUUUCCUCUGCUGAUUAUUUUUCUUCGUCGACAGCCAUCCUUGGAGAGUGAGUGAUGUUUGUAUGUAAUGUUGGGACUUUUUUUUUCCUAUUAUAUUACUCUUGCACCAAAAAAAAAAAAAACUUUUAAAAACCAGUGGCACAACAACUACCAUGUAUACACGUACACCCUUCAGACUUUUAAUUCCCACACUUGAAUUAGCACUCUGUAUUAACCACCUUUGAGAAAGGUCGCAUUGAUUCCAGUGCACAAAGGACAAUUGUGUACAUCUGCACUCAUUUGCCUUGAAGAAGAAAAGGUUCUCUUUUUGGAUGAAGAAACCUGCUUAACCCAUUCUUAGACUGUUAAAGUCAGCAGUUUUAAAUGAGGAUGAUAUAUGUUUUGAUAUUUGUCUUGUUUGUAUUAGUUUUAGAGGUAAGAGCAGUGAUUAUCUGCUAGCGGAACAACCUGUAUGCAGAUGUGACUGUUGUAAGCUCGCGUCUCGUUUCUGCUGACAUUCGGGGGCUGGGCCCUCAACAGCCAGAAAUUACUUGAUUGACAAAGAGUCAUGCGGUGGACCUGGAAAGAUCUUUUUCUUACCUGUAGACCUUCAGGAGAGGUCUACCAGGAGUGACUGAAAAAAAAAACUGACUGAAACUCAAGUGAACUUCUGGCAGUGCCAUCAUUCCUGCAAUUACCUGACUGCCCAAGUCCUCCCUUCUUGCGACUAACCCUAGCACAUGCCAGUAGGUAGGAACCAAGCAUUCCUGUGCCUCUCAUUCGCUAGCCAUGAAGGAAGGAGGUGGGUCAGAGUCACCGGGCACAUCCUGGCUCUUAAUUGUAGAGGUCAGGCUGAUAAGACCUUAAUCCUCUCUUGCCAAGCAGUUUUAUCAACUUUUUUAAAUAAUAUGAUUUGUAUUUAACAUUGUCAUUUUCAGUUGGUUGUUGUACUAUUCUUAUAGUUAUAAUUAUUACUCCUCAUAUCAUUGCCGUGAACCCCGGUCCUCAGUUCUUUUGUCAUUGCUGGUUUCCUUUAUUUCUGCCAGUUACUGACUUCUUGUACUAUUUUUUUUUUAUAUAUAAGUUUUGAGGCAGGUGAGAGAUGCUGUUCCACACCUGUACAGUUGCUCCAUUGUAGUCUUCCCCUGACGGGCAUCUCACCUCAGCAAGGACCUGCGUUGCGGUAAUUUUUAUUGUUCAUUUCAAAUUGUUCACACAACAUGGACCUUUAUAUUCUUUGAGCAGUAAUAAGACGAAUGUUUUUAGACAACCCUGUAUGCCUCUCUGUCCCCUCGCUAAGUCUGAUUCUAUAGGCUCAACACUUGUACAUCUCCUCACGCCACCUCCUUCCUCCCCUCGUCACUUUAUUGCUCUCUCCAAACCUCCUCUGAACGGGCGGAGAGAAAACUGGGGGAAGUGACAGGAGGGUACCGGAUCAAUGAGAGCUAGUAGGAUAUAAUACUGGUUGUGUCUUUGUGCAAGACUUGGGUGUGUUGUAAAUAUUUACUGUAGAGUCAGUAGACUCGUCAUAAUAUUGAUAAGGAAAAUCUGUCAUUGAACAUAAAUUGACUUUGAAAACACCAUUACUGAAGGUAAAAUACAUGAAAUGUAAAAAUAAUAAAUAUGGAUAUUAA